CCCAAACCCAAGCUCAAGCCAUUCUUCGAGGGGAUGUCUCAGUCGAGCUCCCAGACUGAGUUCGGGAGCCUGAACAGUAAAGGGAGUCUGAGCAAGGAGCUGACUAGCCCGCUGGAGGCAACGGCGUGCGAGAAAAUCCGGACGUCUCGCUCCAAGGUCUCGGAGGACGUGGGGUCUGAAUCCGAUAUCCCGGAAUUGGUGGAGCAGGAGUCGCUCGGGGAACUCAAUCCCUCGGCAUCGAACCCCGAGAAAACCAAACCACUGACCAAGAGCAGCAAGUCCGACACUCAGAUCUUUGCUUCACCCAGACAGGUUCCCCGUAAGGUGGUGUAUGACCAGCUGAACCAGAUCCUCUUGGCUUCGGAGACCAGCGUUCCCGAGACGGUGAUCAUGGUCUGCACUGUGGACUGGCAGGGACAGUACGUGUCUGAGCUGCUGCUGGAACAGAAGAAGGCUGUCGUAUGUACAUGCUCCAUGAUCGAGGUGCAGACCUCGCUCUCCGCCCUCCUCACCAGGAUCCAGCGCUACUGUAACUGCAACGCCCAGAUGCCACGUCCGGUGAAGGUUGCGGCCGUGGGCGGGCAGAGCUACCUCGCCGCCGUGCUGCGAUUCUUCGUGGAGCAGCUCGCCAACAAGACGUCGGACUGGCUCAACUACCUUCGCUUCCUGGUCGUGCCGUCAGGGCUUCACCCGGUGGGCAAGUACAUGGCAUCUCUGGACAGCAAGUACAGCACGCUCUUCCUUGACUCUGCCUGGAGUGAGCUGUUCAGCAAGUCCGAGCCUCCCAGCGCAGAUGCACUGGAUGUGGUCGGGAGGAUCACACAGUACAUAUCUGGUGCCCAGGUGUCUCACCAGCUGCCCAUAGCCGAGGCCAUGCUGACCUGCAAGCACAAGAGUCAUGAAGAUGAUUCUUAUCAGAAGUUUAUUCCAUUCAUUGGCGUGGUGAAAGUCGGCAUCAUUGAGCCCUGCCCAUCUGCUUCAGCCGCCGCUGCCGCUGAGCCAGAGGACACGGUGACGGCUGUGAGCUUUACCCCCUCGACGUCCCCUCCCCACAGCGCCAGCUCCGCGCACGUCAAAGAGGCCGUGUCCACACCACCCUCAUCGCCGUCCAUGAGCGGAGGCCUUUCCACCACCAGCCCGGGAGGUGGGGAAGCCAUGGGGCUGCAGGUGGACUACUGGCUCUCUCAGUCGGCCGAGCGGCGGAAGGAAGGGGAGAAGCGGGACGCCAACGCCAAGAACACGCUGAAGAGCGCCUUCCGCUCGGUUCAAGUCAGCCGGCUGCCGAACGACGGGGAGCUGACACCCUCCGUCACCAUGUCCAUGACAGUGGUCACCAAAGAAAAGAACAAGAAAGUGCCGACGUUAUUCUUGAGCAAGAGGCCGAAGGAUAAGGAGUUGGACUCGAAGAGCCAGGUGAUCGAAGGCAUCAGUCGCCUGAUCUGCUCGGCUAAACAGCAGCAACAGAGCAUGCUGAAAGUCUCCAUUGAUGGGCUGGAUUGGAACGAUGUGAAGUUUUUCCAGCUUGCUGCCCAGUGGCCAACUCACGUCAAGCACUUCCCCAUCGGACUCUUCUCCUACAGCAAGUCCGGCUGCUAGCUCAGCGCAGAGGGACGGACGGCUGCAAGGUGCUCAGGACCACGUCUGCUCUGCAAACUCCCAGCUGCCGGGAGUGCACAUCCGACUGGAAACUAGAACCGAGAUGCAACGCUGGCUGUUUCUUGAGAGGAACGUCAUAGCUGGCGAGCUGUGUAGAGGAGCAGCUUUUAUACUCAUAGUGCGUUUGUGUGUGUGUCUGUGUCGUCUCCCUAUCUACGUCUUCUGUUUGUAUCUGCAAUGUAUCCUGUCUGUACCGUGUCGUCUGUACCGUACUAUCUGCCUCGUAUCCUGUCUGUCUGCCUUGUACGUCUGUGUCUGCCUCGUAUCCUGUCUGUCUGCCUUGUACGUGUGUCUGCCUCGUAUCCUGUCUGUCUGCCUUGUACCGUCUGUGUCUGCCUCCUACCCCUGUCUGUGUCUUACCCCGUCUACGUCAUACUGUCUGUGUCAUACCGUUUGUGUCUGGCGCAUCCCCUGUCUGUCUGUCUCCUGUCUGUGUAGGGCCCUGUUUGGUGAUCCCACCAUCUGUUUUGCCCCACCACCCACUCCCUAAACUGUGACACUGUCCAGAUAUUGCUGUGAAGGUGCAAGCAGGAAUCACCUCCUCUUCUUUCCCUGUCCCUUCCUUGCACGAUGCUGCAGAAGGCAUCUUAUUUCCAGGUGCAACAGCUCGAGUCUUCCCCACCACCACUCCUCUCCACCAGCAUACCCAAUUUCUUCCUGCACCCUAUUGUAAUCUUUACCCUUCAUCUAACCCACGCUGGCCCUUCUCUGGGUGAGGCCAGUAUCGAGGGAGUAACGCUCGGUGUCCACUGUGGCCUGACCCUACCUCAGCAGUGCACGGUUGGUUAUACUUGGUGUAGAGGGAGCUUCACUGUGUGUCUGACGCUGGGAGAGUGUGAUGGGAUGGCGUAGAGGGAGCUUCACCCUGUGUGUGUGUGUGAUGUCUGGGGAGUGUGUGAUGAGACAUUAUUAAGGAAGCUUCACUCCGUGUUCGAUCGUACCCUGGAAGUGAAGUGAUGGGAUAGUGUAAGAGGGGGUGUUGUUAUUCUACAUCCAACUCCGUAAAUGGGUGAAAGAUUCAAUUGGGUAAAUGAGAUAUCAGUAAUGUGUAAGAAGGAACUGCAGAUGCUGGAAAAAUCGAAGAUGGACAAAAAUGCUGGAGAAACUCAGCGGGUGAGGCAGCAUCUAUGGAGAGAAGGAAUUGGCGACGUUUCGGGUCGAGACCCUUCUUCUAAGGGAUAAAGGAAACAGGCCAUUGUUAGCUGUGGGCUGCACGAAAACGAUUUUCGUUUACGAAAGAACUGCAGAUGCUGGAUAAAUUGAAGGUAGACACAAAAUGCUGGAGAAACUCAGCGGGUGAGGCAGCCUCUAUGGGGAGAAGGAAUUGGCGAUGUUUCGGGUCGAGACCCUUCCUGAAACAUCACCCAUUCCUUCUCUCCAUAGAUGAAGAAGGGUCCCGACCCGAAACGUCACCCAUUCCUACUCUCCUUAGAUGCUGCCUCACCCGCUGAGUUUGUCCAGCAUUUUUAUCCACCUUAAACAUAUGCUCUCUAGUUUUAGACUUCCUGACUGGGGUAAACCACUGUGACCAUUCACUUUAUCUAUAUCCCUCAUUAUUUUCUAUACCUCUGUCAGGUCAGGUAUUAGCAAGGGUGACUAGUGCCUGGAAAAUGCUACCAGGGUUGGUGAAGGAGGCAGAUAAGAUUGGGGCUUUUGGUGUGCGUGUACCCUGUGGAAAUGCGGGGUGUGGACAGAUACGGAUUGUGCGCAGGUAGAUAUAGUAUCUUGUGGGCUAAAGGGCCUGUUCUUGUGCUGUACUGUCCCACGUUCUAAGGUCACUCUUCAGCCUCCUCUGCUUCAGGGUAGAAAAAUCCCAAGAUGUUGAACGUGUGUUUGGUGUGUGUGUGUGUGUGUGGUGUGUUACGAGAAUGGGAGCCACAGUACAGAGGAUGGAUGACAAAUGUUGAGGAGAGGGGAGAGAGCAGAUCCUGAGCCUGUCAGAUGAUGCCCUUCCUCUCUAUUUCCUGCUGCACCCAAAGUUUUGUGUUCCAGGUAACGUUAUUGCUCCAUGUUGUAAAUAGUGAAUUUUGUCCUUGUGUUGAACACGUGCGUGUGUGUGUGUGUGUGUGUACUGUGAGUGACAUUUUGCUACACGCUAGAUCAUAACAAAUGGAGUAAAGGCCAUGUUACUGGACUAUCCCUCUUGGGAUCAUUGAGAGGAGAGCCGCCAAAACAGCAAGUUACUACUGUUCAAUGAAGAAACAGGAUCCAUCUUGCUUUGGGCCUGGUAGCCUAUUGCCAUUGAGGGUAAGGCAAUCAGACAGAAGUCACUGCACUGUUCGAUCCUCGAGGACUGGUGUGUGAAUAUCUGCAUUAUGGAGAAAAAAAAAAUUGUUUUUUAAAAGCAGAUUUAUAAAAGUUAGUUCAAAGAA